AAAAAAUCACCUAUUUCAUGUAUCUUUUAGGUUUCUUAUUGAUAUUUUAAGAGAAAUUCAGCGAACCUGGACAAGAUUCGGGUUUGCUGAUCUACAAAGGGGAGGUUGUAUCUGUCUCUCUCGUGAACUUUCUUCUAAUUCUUUUUUCUUUCUUUUUCGGCUUGAAAAUUUUGACAUAGAGAAAUUAAUAUAAACAUGUGAAAGAUCUUUGGAAGAAGAGGCUGAAAAACCAGAUCGAAAUUUUUCUUCUUUUCCAGAUACGUACUUACCUAUGUCUGGGAGAGCUCAUCCUGAUGUGAAUCCGGUGACGGAUGGUGGAGAUCUUCCGAUCAAAUCGUCGCCUCACCGGCAUAAAGUUGGUGUCCCACCGAAGCAAAACAUGUUCCAUGAUUUCAUGUACACGUUCAAAGAAACCUUCUUCCAUGAUGAUCCUCUCAGACACUUUAAGGAUCAGCCUAAGUCUAAGAAGUUCAUGCUCGGUCUCCAAUCUGUGUUCCCGGUUUUCGAUUGGGGACGUAACUAUAAUCUCAAGAAGUUCCGUGGUGAUCUCACUGCCGGUUUAACUAUUGCCAGUCUUUGUAUCCCUCAGGAUAUUGGAUAUGCUAAGCUUGCGAACCUGGAUCCUAAAUACGGUUUAUAUUCGAGUUUUGUUCCACCGUUGGUGUAUGCUUGUAUGGGGAGUUCUAGGGAUAUAGCAAUUGGACCUGUUGCUGUGGUAUCUCUUCUGCUAGGUACUCUCCUUCGAGCUGAGGUUGAUCCAAACACAAAUCCUGAUGAGUAUCUCCGACUCGCCUUCACGGCUACGUUUUUUGCCGGUGUCACUGAAGCAGCCCUUGGCUUCUUCAGAUUAGGGUUCUUGAUUGAUUUCCUUUCCCAUGCGGCUGUGGUUGGAUUCAUGGGUGGUGCAGCCAUCACAAUCGCUCUUCAGCAGCUCAAAGGUUUCUUAGGGAUCAAGAAAUUUACCAAGAAAACUGAUAUCAUCGCUGUUUUAGAUUCAGUCUUUAGCGCAGCUCAUCAUGGUUGGAAUUGGCAGACUAUACUCAUUGGUGCAUCCUUCUUGACCUUCCUUCUCACAUCUAAGUUCAUUGGCAAAAAGAGCAAGAAACUGUUCUGGAUUCCAGCGAUUGCGCCAUUGAUAUCAGUUAUCAUCUCCACCUUCUUUGUCUACAUAACCAGAGCUGACAAACAAGGAGUCCAAAUCGUUAAACACCUUGACAAAGGCAUCAAUCCUUCAUCGUUCCAUCAAAUCUACUUCUCCGGACAUUAUCUUGCUAAGGGCAUUCGUAUUGGUGUAGUUGCUGGAAUGGUCGCCUUAACGGAAGCUGUGGCCAUUGGAAGAACGUUUGCUGCAAUGAAAGACUAUCAAAUCGAUGGUAACAAAGAGAUGGUAGCACUAGGUGUUAUGAACGUUGUUGGUUCCAUGUCUUCUUGCUACGUAGCGACUGGAUCAUUCUCAAGAUCAGCUGUAAACUUCAUGGCUAGAUGUCAAACUGCGGUUUCAAACAUCAUAAUGUCAAUCGUUGUUCUCUUGACAUUGCUCUUCCUCACGCCGUUGUUUAAGUACACACCAAACGCCAUCCUCGCAGCUAUUAUCAUGAAUGCUGUGAUUCCUUUGAUUGAUAUCCAAGCUGCGAUAUUGAUCUUCAAGGUCGAUAAGCUUGACUUCGUUGCUUGUAUGGGAGCUUUCUUUGGCGUCAUCUUUGCUUCCGUUGAGAUAGGGCUUCUCAUUGCCGUCUCUAUAUCAUUUGCUAAGAUUCUCUUGCAAGUAACAAGACCUAGAACCGCGGUUCUUGGAAACAUUCCGAGAACUUCAGUUUACAGAAACAUCCAACAGUAUCCUGAAGCCACUAUGGUUCCAGGGGUUCUCACGAUUCGUGUUGACUCAGCCAUUUACUUCUCCAACUCAAAUUACGUCAGAGAAAGGAUCCAAAGAUGGUUACUAGAGGAAGAAGAGAACGUGAAAGCAGCAAGCUUACCUAGGAUCCAGUUUCUAAUCAUCGAGAUGUCACCUGUGACGGAUAUCGAUACAAGUGGUAUCCACGCCCUAGAAGACUUAUACAAAUCUCUCCAGAAGAGAGAUAUUCAGCUGAUUCUUGCAAAUCCUGGACCAUUGGUGAUAGGCAAGCUACACUUGUCUCACUUUGCUGACAUGUUGGGAUAUGACCAUAUCUUUCUGACGGUGGCUGACGCCGUCGAAGCUUGUGGUCCAAAACUCUCCGACGAGGUCUGAAAUUGAUGAUGAUAAUGACGAAGAACAUGAUUUCUAAGUGGUGUACAGUGGAGUUAAGAAAGUGAGUUUUGCUUUCAAAUUGUUGUGACUUGUGUCUUUGGUCUCUUUUUUUUUUAAUGUUACAAGAGAGUGUAAAGUUGGCCUCUACAUCCCACCUUAGCGUCUUUUUGUUCACUUUAUGAUGCACGAGUGUGUAAAGUUGGCCAUUUCAGAUCAAAAUUCGUAUAUUAAUGUGUUAUUCCAAAAAAUGAAAAGCCUUAAAUGUAAUAACAACAAUGAUCAAAAGGA